ACUCCAGUUCACGCCUAGCUGUGAUUCAGGCCAGUCUCAUACCUGCCAACUCUCCCCAGGACAGCAUCCCUCCCAGGUUUUAUUUAAGAAGCUCUUGGAAGCUGGAAAUAAGAAUCUGAUUUAAAGAAGCCAUUUGAUUUCCUCAAUAAAAUUCCAUUUGAUGAGUUGGGCUAUUUAUGAGCUCUGAAUCAAAUGUGGAAUGAAAGACAAUCAUUUUUCCAGCAGACCUUGCUCAUAUACACAAAAGGAUGCAUACCAGUCUUCAAGUAAUAAGUUUCUCUCACUCAUCGACAUUUUUGAUGAACAUUACUGUUUUCUAUAGUCAUAGAGUAACACACAUAUUUUUUUUUUUAGGUAAUGCUUUUGUGAGCCACAACUUGAAAUAUAAACUGACUGUUCCCAUCAACAAAAGUUCCCCCUGUUCAUUUUUGAACUUUUCAAAAUGAGCAGUAAUAAACUAAUUCCCAAGUUCUCCAUUCAUUCUCCUAUCCAUCAUACUAACUUAAGUGUUCAGUCCUCAGAUGUAGCUUUUAAGAAAGACUUAAGCCUGAUUCCAAAAGACUCCUUGGAGUCAGAUUCAGAAAGUCUCACUCUUAAGUCCCAGUCUGAGCUUGAGGACCAAAUCCAUGACAAAGAGAUGGACCCGGACAGCUUAGAGGAGGAGAGCUCUGCGCAGGAAAGCCUGAGUGAGACAGAAGAGGAAGCAGGAGAAACAGCAGCUCAUAUGGCCCAGGAGGAAGACCUCUCUGCUCAGGACGGUGGUGGGAAUCACAGUCAGCAACCUAAAAAAGACAAAUAUUCAGACCUCCGAUAUGAUCCGAACUGGAAAAAUAAAAAAGAAGAAGUGCAGUUGUUGGUUGUGGAAACCCUGCCGGGGUCUGCAGACAGCUCUUCAGAAAAUCUGCCUUUGGCACCACUCUACCCGUCCAAGGAGAAUUCACUGGAGCUCUCAGAGGUAAACAACAAACAGAAGAAGAGUCCUCACAGUGCAGCCUCCUUAAUGGGAAGUGAAUUUUUAAGCCCAAACUAUGAGCCUGGAGCCCAGGUCAGCGAGCCAUUUUCAGAGCUGAGUGACAGUGACCGGGAGGAGAAGUCAAGCAACCUCUCUCAGUACCUGAAGAGUUCAAGUUCACAUAACGAGGUGUUCCUCCCAGGGUCACGUGGCCCUCGGAGAAGGAAGUCUAAGCAGUAUUUUGUGGAAAAAAAUAAGCUUACACUGGGAUUACCAACUCCUAAAACAGACUCUUAUCUUCAACUUCACAAUAAAAAAAGGGGGGAAACUCAUCUAGAACAGAUCUCCUACCCCAUCAGAGUAACUGGCAAGACAUCUGUUCAGGAUGCCAACGAGAUUGAAAAUGCUGCCACCGAUCCCGAGGACAAAUGGCACCAAAGAGCACAACGGCUAAAGAAUUAUCAGGAACACUGUUCUCAAUAUGAAGGUAAAAAAUCAAGCAAUCUCCCAAGAGGUCAAUCCUCUGAGUCAGUAAAUGGCCGCCAACCUUCCGGGAGACCUGCGAAGCCCAAAGUUCGGAGACUGCACAAACACCAGAAUGGCAUGAAGGCCUUCAUGACUAAAGAGCUCGUUGUCAGCCAGGGAAAACAGAAUAGAACUCCCAGAGAGCAACAAAACCCGAAUCAGCCUGGGUCGACUGUGCUGUGGAACACCUCUGACAGUGAUUUACAGGACCUGGACGCCAUCAUGAGCCACGAUUUCAGAAUAGCCUCCAAUGUAUUUGCUCCUCCAAAACAGACUUUUGACAGGGUACUAUAUAAAAACCCUACUGGGUAUCACUCAGUCCUGAAUGUUAAUAAAGAAAGACAACACAGAGAGGAAGAAGAGAAAAGAUUUUCAUAUCAGCACCCACCCAUCUAUAGUCUUCCUAACGUGGACUUGAACAGCCUUCGUGAACUUUCUGAGAAGCUUGCGCACUUGAGUCAGAAAGGCCCUCAGUCUGCUUCGGACGUGGACACUCGUAGAGCUGCUGAAAGUAAGAAGCAACCCAAGGAGCCCUAUGAAGAGAUAAAGUAUAAGAACCUAGAAAUGCUAUGGAAAUUCCACUCUUCCUCAUACAGCCAGCCUACUAGAGCAUCUCCGGAUUCCCGGCUCGCCCAAAUCAUGGAGCAGCACCAACAAGCCUUGGUGCAGCUGGCCGAGGUGCAGCCCCGGGAGGGGUCCUCAUCCAGGGUCACACUUCCACCCCUCUUGUCCAGGGUGGAAAGUGAAUCCCAACUCAGUUCAGAGAGAAACCAAACGAACCAGGUCAAAAUCAUUCGCAGCAAUUCCGAAGGCUAUCUGUUUCAACUGGAAAAGGGAAAAAAGGACAGGAAAAGAAGCACCACUAAGAGUUCCAAGCUGAAAGGUUAUCAGAAGAAAGACGUGAGACUCGGAGGCCUGGGACCCGACCUGGAGUCUGUCAGAAGCAAAAUGCAAAAAUUAAAACAGCAAAAGGAGUACGCAAAACAAGUUAAAGAGUACAACAUGAAGACGUUCUCUGUUCCCCCCAAACCACAAAAAACAAAAACUGAAAAUAAACCAGUCAUUCCUCGGCAGAAGGCUUUGGAAUAUGCGAAGACCAUCCCCAAACCGAAACAAUCAAGUGUGACGGACCAAACAUCAAAGGAAGGAAAAAAUGCAGCCAGUGACGGGAAAGAUGGAACUUUACCUGAAAUCUCCCUGCUGGAGAUUCUGCAGAGCAGACACGAGAGGGAAAAACAGGCUGUGGCUGCUUUCAAAGUUCUUCAUAUUGUCUAGACAGCACUUGGGAGAUCACAAACACUCCAAGAACACAGCAGAAAAGAAACCCCAGCCAACCGUGGGCGCCACAAAGGACAGCUGGCACCGCCCAGCGCGGUGUGCAGGCCUUCCUAGAGGCCCGAGAUUGUGGUGCCGUUCUUCACCUUGUAGCAAGAGAGUACUUCGAAUGAUUUAUUUUUAAGUCAGUUAGAAUUUGGGGCUGAUAAAUAACCAGACAAUAAAGCUUCUAUUUCUCACUGGAUCUUUUGACUUCUAAAGCAUCUCUCCCUUCCUUAGCAUAACAAACACCUGGAGGUUACCCAGAAGCAAAUAUAAACACUUCAGAGUCUCUGAAAAUGAACUCAACUGGACUUCUCAGUAAACUUGGAGCUAACAUUUCAAAAACAU